CGCUGGUCACUGCUCAGGCAUUUGCUACUGCUCACUGCGCCUUGCUGGCGUUGCUGCCAGCGGUGCUUGCUGACUCUUUUUGUCCUUCUCCUCAACUGAGCAGUUCGAAUUUCUAGUGUGGAGAAGAAGAAAUUGCCAUAGGAAGUGCAGCAAUCUCAAAUUAAAAAAAGAUAGAGUGGCGUUGAAAUCAACUUUGCUAAAAGGGAGAUAAAAGAAAACAGAAGAUAAAGAAGGGAGUUCCAAUCAAGUUUCUCAAAGAUAAAUUUGUCCACUAAUUAAAUCAGGGCUUUUUUCAAUGGAGAUUCUAGGAGCGCCAAUCACGGAAUUGGCAAAGUAUUUGGGGAGAAAAGUCUGCAUCUAUGUAGAUUAUCACUUAAAUUUUAAUGAAACUGUAAAUGAUCUGAGAAGGGAAUUGCAAGAUCUAAACCAGAGAAAAGAAGAUAUAAAUUUAAGCAUACAGUCUGAGGCUGGUUGGGGAAAAGAAGUAAAACAUGAAGUGCAAGGCUGGCUUGAACGUGUACAAGAAAUUAAUAAUGAAGUGCAAACCAUCGAAGAAAAGAUUUUGAGAGUUAAGUGGUGCUCAAAGGGUUGUCUCGGGAAACUUGUUUGUAGGAAAAUUGAGGUGGUGAAGAGAAUCCAUGAACGUGGUAGUUUUCCUGAUGGUCUCACUGUUGACAAACCUCCACCUCGAGGAAUCAUAUUGCCAACUGAGAACAUAGUGGGUGAAGAUUCAGCAAAAAGGAAAAUUUGGGGACACUUGAUGGGCACUGAGAUCAGAAUGAUUGGAGUCUGUGGGAUUGGUGGGGUUGGGAAGACUACCAUCAUGAAGCAUAUUCAUAAUGAAUUGUUGAGUGUGUCCAACUUUGAUAGAGUGAUUUGGGUCACUGUGUCCAAUCCACUCAAUAUUAUCAAAUUACAAGAAAAUAUUGCUGGUGCCAUGAAUGAUAGAUUGAGACUCCCUGAAGGUGAGGAUAAAGUGAGGCGAGCAGCAACAUUAAUGGGAAUUAUGGAAGCAGUAGGAAGAUACGUGCUAAUCCUAGAUGAUGUCUGGGAGAAGUUUUCUCUAAUGGAAGUGGGAAUUCCAGAACCAACAACUCAAAAUGGAAGCAAAAUAGUUAUCACUACUAGAUCCAUUGAGGUGUGCCAAAGAAUGGGUUACAAUAUAGUCAAGGUGGAGCCUCUUUCAUUUCAGGAAUCUCUUGACUUGUUUUCAGACAAAGUUGGGCGUCAUCUUCUACAAGUUCCAAAUUUAGAAGGAAUCUUAAAGCUAAUUGUAAAGGAGUGUGGUGGCUUACCACUAGCCAUUGUUGUGAUAGCAGAGACUAUGAAGGGAGAAGAUGAUGUUAAUGUGUGGAAUAAUACCCUGAAUGAAUUACGAGAACGGGUAGAGAGUGUGAAUGAUAUUGAUAAAGAGAUAUUUGAGAAGUUAAGAUUUAGUUUUGAUCAUUUGAAGAGUUCUGAAAUCCAAAACUGUUUUCUUUAUUGCUCCUUGUUUUGCGAAGAUUAUGCAUUAAGGACAAGAGAGUUGAUAGAAGGGUGGAUUGAUGAAGGACUAAUUGAUGGGUUGCGUAGUAGAAAAGCGGCUUAUGAUAAGGGUCAUGCCUUUUUAAAAAAGCUAGUGAAGAAUUGCUUGUUAGAAAAAACUGUUGAUUGGAGUGGUGAUGUUUUUCAGAUGCAUGAUGUAAUAAGAGAUAUGGCUAUCAAAAGCAUUGGUCCUGAAUUUGGAUAUAUGGUAGAAGCUGGUAUGAAAUUGACAGAGGUACCAAAUGAGCAGGGGUGGAGAAAUGAUCUUAAGAAGGUUUCUCUAAUGGAGAAUAACAUAUCAAAAAUUUCCCCUAGGUUGUCCCCAAAGUGUCCAACUCUUUCAACUUUGAUAUUGUCAGACAAUCGUAACUUGUUAGAGAUCCCACAAUCCUUCUUCGAAGGGAUGUCUGAACUUAAGGUUCUUGAUCUUUCUAGAACUGCUAUUGAAGCUUUACCUAAUUCCAUCUCAAAUUUGGAGAAUCUCUCUGCCCUGCGAUUAGAGUUGUGUGGAAGCUUAAAGUGCUUGCCUUCUUUAGCAAAGCUUAAGGCAUUGAAGAAGUUGAAUUUGAAUCGUUCGGGGAUUAAUGUGGUCCCUCAAGGCAUGGAGAAGUUGAUUAGUCUAGAAUAUCUUGAUUUAUACCGUUGUAAAAAUCUGAAGGAGAUUCCAAUUGGAAUGUUAUCAAAUCUUUCCCAUCUUCAAUACUUGGUAGUUGAUGCAAAAUUGAAGAUAAAAGUAGAAGAGGUUGCACUAUUGAGCAAGUUGGAGACCUUUGAGUGUGUUUUUGAUGAAAUACAAGGCUUCAAUUAUUUUGUCAAGUCUCAAGAUUUCCAAAUUCUUACUGAUUACAGGAUUGCAAUAGGGGCAGGACUCUAUGAUUUAAUAGAGUUUAUAAUGGACAGAAAGAAACUUGUGGUUCUCAUUUAUAAUUGUGACAUAGGAGGAGAAUGUGUAGUGCUUCCAGAUAACAUUCAGUAUUUGUGGAUCGGUGAGUGUAAAAACAUGAGAAGCAGCUUAAACAAAACAGCUUUGUUAGAAAAGGCAACCCAGUUGAGUUACUGUCGUAUUGAGUGUUGUGAAGAUAUGGAAUGUGUGGUUGAGUUGGACUCAUCCUCCUGUUCAGUACUGGACAACAUUGAAGAGUUGUGUCUUAGGAAAUUGCCUAACUUGAGUGUACUUGUGAGAGUGGAAGGAGUAGCAACACCACCACACGUCUUUUCCAAUCUUCAAAUUCUUGUUAUAAGUGAAUGUUCAGGGAUAAGGAAAUUGCUUCCACUUGAGUUAAUGCAGGCCCUCCAAAACAUAGAGAAGAUUGAAGUUUCUGAUUGUGAACAAAUGGAGGAGAUAAUAACAUCAUCAGAUUCAGAUGCAUCAUUGGACAAACUCAAUUUUUCCAAGUUAAGGAUAUUGCAGUUGUGGAGUUUACCCCAAUUGGAGAGCAUUUGUAGUGCCAAAAGAGUUAUGGUUUGCAAUUCUAUUGAAGAAAUUUGGAUAGAUGAAUGUCCAAAGUUAAAGAGGAUCCCAAUGCAACUUCCCCUACUUGAUAAUGGCCAACCAUCUCCUCCUCCUUGUCUCAAAGAAAUCAAGAUAGAUGAAGAGUCAAAAGAAUGGUGGGAAUCAGUGGAGUGGGAUCAUAAGAACCUACUGCGACCUUUCUUGAAAUAUUCUGCCUAAUGAUUGAGGGAACAGGAAUAGAUCUCAAAAUAAGGUUCAUGCUCAUUUUAAUUUUAUUUAUGUUUAUAUAUUCUUUUUUAUAUUAUUGUUAAAAUUGUUUCGUAAAUAUAUUGUUAGGGGACUU